AAAAUAAAAUAAAUAAAGAAUAAUUUUCCAUACACUAUGGUUCAAAAAUGAAUUUUUAAAAAGUUAUGGUUGAAAAACUGAUUUCGUCGAUUUCGUCCCAUUGACUUCAAUGCAUUGUUUGUAAGCAUCCAUCUUGGAUUUCCCCCCACCCAACUUGAAUUGCCUUAUAUUAUGAUUUUCUUUUAUUUGUAAAAAACAAAAUAAAAGAAUGUCAAAAUUUCAUGCUAUUUGCAAAUUUUCAUAAUAAAAAAAAUAAUAGUAAAAUUAAAAAAGAAACUAAAAAAUUUACAGUUUUUUUUAACAAAAAUAGUAAAAAAGAAAAAAAAUGCAAUGCACAUAUGAAUUUUCUCGAGGAUAUGGGACGGGUGUCUCAGAGGCAAUUGGAAAUUGGGGAUUUUCUAAUGGAAUUGCCAGCCAUGGCAAUGAACUUCAAAGAAUGAAUAAUAUUUCCACAGAAAUUGACCGUUUACGCAGUCAUAGACCUCCAAUUUCAGUGAAAUACGAUUGUAGAAAUGAUCCCGAGGCGUGGAAUGUGAUACCAAGUCCCCACGAAUGCAAACCAGAUUGGACUUUUCCAGAAAAACGACCCCUCAUUACGUACAAUUCAGUUUGUGAAAUUAUGAAACGAUCGAAUAUUAACGAAAUUAAACCUGAAUUGGCUUUUCCGAUUCCCGCUCGCAAUUAUUAUAUCCAACGAUCAGACAAGUGGUACAAAAGGGGACCGGAAUGUUGUCCACAACCAAGUUGUUCAGCACCUCACUGUAAACGAUUUUGCUAACACGCUAACAGAAAAUGUUUAAAAAUGGAAAAAUAAACUCCUACAAGUCAGUAAACAAACAUUACAACAAUUUAUUGAAAAUUAUUUUAAAAAUCACUGAAAUGAUUAGAAAAAUAUCUCCGGAAAACAAAACACUAAUCCAAUGUCAAUAGCAACGAACAAAAGAAAAUUUCAUUAAAUAAACAUUUCACUUCUUCAUAUCAAGAACGUUCAAUAUUUUCGAUCAUCUUUUUCCAAAUUCAACUGAAUUAAAUUUUAUUAUAGUUAAAUAAAUAAAUAAAUUUAAUUAAAUUUCACGUGUGAUUUGAAAUAGAAACCAUGCCACCAAAAAAAGAGGACAAAAAUAAAGACGAGAAAAAUAAAAAUGAGAACAAUAAAGAUACGGAGAAAAAAGACAAGAAGAAAGUGCCUGACAAAAUUAAAAAAGUAGGAGAAGGAGUGACAGUUGGAAUCGUUGAUAAACCGAAAAGAUGUAUUCCGGAAACACCAAAACAAUUAGAAUGCCCUACGCGAUCUAUUCCUUCUUCUUCCUGUCCGCCACCUAAUUGCUGUGAAAUUCAAAAUUAUUAUCCAGAAGAAACUCAAGACUGCUCCGCAAUGCCGAGUUGUAAUCCGAAAAAAUGUUGAAACUCUAUAAACUCUGAGAGAUUAACUUUUUGAAUAAAAAUGAAUCUCUCCUAAAUUUA